AACCAGCUGGGCUCACAUGUGGAGACGGAGGGCUCUCCUUUUGCUGUAAUUCUGACUUCAAGAAUGAUCAGCAGCAAGGUGUACGCAUGUGCGCUGCUCGGCGUGUGCGCGCUUGUCGCCAUUUGUGCAGCGCGCCCCCGGGAGGAAUCGCUGAGUGCAGUUGGCAAGGCUGUGGCACAUAGGACUGGCGGGAAGGACCGGGGGCUGCCAGCGCGUAUCGUCCGGAGGGACUGGAUGGACUCCCUAACUGAAGAGGAGCGACAGUACAUGUCCAAAUACAUCCCGCAAAUGCUUGCAGAGCUCUCCAACAGUGAGGGGUACAAUCAUGUUAUGAACUCUGUCCACCCUAUCAUUGAUCGUGACUACAACGGUUGGAUGGACUUUGGUCGUCGCAGCACAGGUGAUGGAGAGCAGGACUCCUGAGCAAGACAUCUGAUCACCCCUCAAAAUGGCACUAAGAGAAGGAUGAUGUGGGAAUCAAAGUCCUGUUCCAAAGCCCUAAGUGUGAUACUAGAAUGAGCCUCCAACCAACCUGCAAUAUACACUAUACACACUUCUGUUUCACUGAUGUAUUCAAAUAAACAUGACUUUACAUUCUGUACUUCA